CCAAUACUGAACGACAAACCGUUUUCGAGUACUUGUUUAGUUUACGGUAUCUAACAGUGUAUGUCUGCUAUACUGAUGAUAGUGAUCUCGGCACUUAAAGGGCCUGAUUUCCAUUGGUUUGAGUGACAAGCCCGCAACCAACAUGCUGUUCCAGGAUUUUAGGUUGCUCUGUGGAGCUUUCCUUCUCACGACAGCAAGUACCUCUGCAGCUCAAACAGUCUAUUCUCAAAACUCAUCUCCUAACGCCUUCGAAAAAUAUACAAUCUCAGCAAAUGGCAUCAAUGCGACUUUCAUUCCCUACGGAGCCCGAUUGACAAGUCUGUUCGUCAACGACAAGCAUGGUCAACCGCAGGACAUUAUUGUUGGGUACGAUGAGGCGGACGAGUAUGCUCGGGACUCGGCGACGGUUCAUACGUAUUUCGGUGCGGUAGUAGGACGAUAUGCGAAUCGGAUCAAGAACGGGACCUUCACCAUCGACGGCCAGACUUCUCACGUCGUCGAGAAUGAACACGAUGGCAAGAACACCCUUCACGGCGGCGGUGCAGGAGGCUACGACGUCCAGAACUGGACCGUCACCGCACAUACCACAAACAGCAUAACCUUCACGCUCCACGACAACGGCCUCUCCGGAUUCCCAGGCGCAGUGCUCAACACCGCAACAUAUACCGUCACCAACAACGCCGAAUGGAUCUCCCGCCUCGUCUCCGUCCCACUGACAACCGCCACGCCCAUCAUGCUCGCAAAUCACCCCUACUGGAACCUCGGCGCCUACAUCUCCCCGGACGCCCAAACCAUCCUAGACAAUACCCUCCACAUGCCCUAUGCGAAACGCUACAUCGCGACCGACGGCAUCCUAAUCCCAACCGGCGAAUUACGCCUCACAGCCGGGACACCGCUGGAUUUCACACGCGCCAAACCCAUCGGGCAGGACAUCCUUUCCGCGCAAGAUCUCUGCGGGUCAGGCUGCGUGGGAUACGACAACGCAUUGAUCCUCGACCGGCCCGUUGCUGCAAUCCAGGAUCCGGAAUUGGAGGUCCUGCGGAUGUGGGCGCCGAGCACGGGGAUCGAAAUGCGAUUGAGGACGAAUAUGCAGGGGUUGCAGGUCUAUUCUUGUGAUGGGCAGAAUGGGACGAUUCCGGUGAAGAGGAGUCAGCAGCAUGGAUUCGGAAAGGGUAGGAAUGGGACGACGACGUUUGUGGAAAAAUAUGGGUGUGUGGUGUUGGAAACGCAAGAUUGGAUCGAUGGCAUCAAUCAACCCCAGUGGGGAAGAGAUCAAUAUCAGAUCUUCUCGCCGACGACGGAGCCGGCGGUCAAUUAUCAGAGGUACACUUUCACUGCGCACGAGUGAUGGAUUGAGCUCAAUCUGAAGGUGACUUCUGGGAAGACGACUCUUCUCAAAAAGGGAAUUAGUUCCUUGACCUUUAAAAAUGCUUGGUCAUAAGUUCAUUAUUGGUACAAGUGCUUCAUGUGAAUAAAACCGCUUCAUAGUCUCGAGCGAUCCUCUGACGGCGGAAGAACUUCGACGAGCAAUUUUCCUGUGAAGAUUGUUAGUGAUCAUCAACAACGUCAUAGCAAAGCUUCAAAAAAAGGAACUCACCAGUGUUGACACCAUCAUACAACGCCCUCAACGCCUCUGGCAUCUUCUCAAUCCCGCCCUUGAUGAUCGUCUCUUGACGCUUAAUCUUGCCCUCGGCCAACCACUUCGUCA